AUGAUCGAGUGCGACAUCUGUAAAGACUGGUUUCAUGGCAGCUGUGUGCAGGUGGAGGAGCAUCAGGCUGUUGAUAUUGAUGUUUACCAUUGUCCCAACUGUGAUGUUGUACAUGGACCCUCCUUACUGAAAAAGCGCAACAACUGGCACAGACAUGAUUACACAGAGCCAAAUGAUGGAACAAAACCUGUGCAAGCAGGAACACCAGUGUUUGUCAAGGAGCUGCAGAACAGAGUGUUUGCUGGGGGUGAAGAAAUUCUUUUGCGGAUGAAGGGCGAGCAGGUGACCUCACGUUAUCUGGAGAGACAUGGCUUUAACUACCCCAUUGCUAUCACUGAGAUGGAGGGUCUGGGUCUCAAACUGCCUCCGACUACUUUUUCUGUCAGAGAUGUGGAGGACUACGUGGGUGGGAACAAAAUUAUUGAUGUGAUUGAUGUAGCGCGUCAGGCAGACAGCAAGAUGAAGCUCAGCGAGUUCAUCAAAUACUACACUAACGUCAAUAAACCUAAGGUCUUGAACCUCAUCAGCCUGGAGUUCUCAGACACAAAGAUGUCUGGGUUGGUGGAGGUCCCUGAUGUAGCACAGAAAAUGUCCUGGGUAGAGAAGUACUGGCCUGAUGACUCGUUCUUCCCCAAACCCUUUGUGCAGAAGUAUUGCCUCAUGGGAGUCAAAGACAGCUACACUGAUUUUCAUAUAGAUUUUGGGGGCACAUCUGUCUGGUACCACGUUCUCUGGGGUGAAAAAAUAUUUUUUUUAAUCAAGCCCACAUUGGAAAACCUUGCACUAUAUGAAGCGUGGAGCUCUUCGCCCAAUCAGAGUGAAGUGUUUUUUGGGGACAAAGUAGACAAAUGUUACAAGUGUGUUGUGCCCCAAGGAACAACUUUGCUCAUUCCCACAGGUUGGAUCCACGGCGUUCUUACCUCUCAAGACUGCAUGGCGUUUGGAGGGAAUUUCCUUCACAAUCUUAAUAUUGGCAUGCAGCUCAGGUGUUAUGAAAUGGAAAGGCGACUAAAAACACCAGACCUAUUUAAAUUUCCAUACUUUGAGGCAAUUUGUUGGUAUGUGGCUAAAAACCUUCUGGAAACUCUGAAAGAACUCAGAGAAGACAAUUGUCUACCCCCAAGCUAUCUGAUAGAUGGAGUAAAGGCUUUAAUUGGUGCGCUGAAGACUUGGUUGAAAAGAGCGGUAACGGAGCCAACGAGUGAAGUACCAGACAAUAUCAGGCCGAAUAAUCUAAUUAAAGAGCUGACCAAGGAGAUUCGCCACCUUGAAGAGGAACCUAUAAAUGGUAAUAAGCCAGUGAAAUCUCAGGGAAAUUCUUGUGGAGCAGGAUCUGGAUCCAACAGUUGUCCAGCGACUCGCUCCACAUUGGAGAAGCUAUGCCAGGCUCGAAGUGCCAGGAAAGCUGCCAGGCGGCUGAGGCGGCAGCAGCAACAGCAGCAGCAGGCCCCAAAGAUUCCCACCAAUCUGGAAAUCCUAGAGCAGCACACCAGAGAGGUCCUAAAGAGAUUAGAAGUUGGCCCUCUUGAAGAGGAUGCUGCAUUCUGUGCAAAAGUUCAUGGAAAGCUCAACAAAGUUUCGACUGCCUCUGCGGCAGCUGCAGAGUCUUUAGACGAUAAUCACUUGCGGCUAAUGUUUGCUAAUGGAAGAAUAAUCAGAGAUUUUAGAAGACCAGGGAGCAGCCCUCUGAAAAUAGAAGGCGAAACUUCAUCCACUGGACCAAAUUGCAAAUCUACUGUUAGAGCUGGUAAUGAUAUGGAAGACAAAACAAAGCUCAGGGAAGAUCCUUCAGGACUCUCAAGUGCGUCCGAUGUGGAGUCGGAGAGUGACUUUCGUAUUCGGCAUCGUAAAGUGUCGCCCUUAUCUUCAUCCGAUGAUGAUACAGACAGUUCACGGGAGGAUGAGGCCCUAACCGCACUUGAACAGAAGAUGGACCAGUCUAAUCAGAAACUCAGGCACCAACACAGACCACUCAAACGAGAACAUCCUACCUCACCUAGCACAGAAGCCAUUCAGGGCAUGCUGUCGAUGGCGGGUCUCUUGUGCUCAAAGACUGAGAAGGCAGAACUAUCGCAGGAGCUAUGGUGGUCUAGCCCGAAUCAGCACACCCUGCUGGGACAGAGGGACUUGGAGCAGCACCAUCUGCAGGGAAACAAGAGCCCCAUAGACAGCCAAGGAAACAGCAGUAACGAGGCUUGGGACAAUCAGGGACUUCCUAGUCCAGAGAUGGAGUACCAGUACUGUGAUAAUUCAAUGUCCCCCCCUUUGCAUCCCUCCAAAAGACAAGCGCCAAACUCUCCACCUAUAAGCAAUCAGGCUACUAAAGGCAAAAGGCCUAAAAAGGGAAUGGCUACAGCCAAGCAGAGACUGGGCAAAAUUUUGAAACUGAGCAGACACAACAGGGUCUUUGUAUAA